AUGAAUUAAUCAUCUAUUAUAUUGGAAGAGAAUAAAUAUCAUUCUGCUUAAUAAGAAGAAGAGGAACGUAUGUUGACUGCCAAAGCAUGUGAUUUAAAGAAAGCUUUGAUUUAUAGGAGAUUUUAAUAAAAUGAAAGAAAGGAAGAGUUGGAAGAUAUAAAUUAAUUAUUUGAUGAAAGAUAGUUAAAUAUUUUGAAUGAUCUUGCUAAUGAUAAUGGAAAUUAUGAAGAAUAAAAUUAAAUUGCAACAUUAAGAUAAGAAGUUAAUAAAAAAUUGUAAACAGUAAUGGAACAUGGUUUGAAACGACAUUCAAUAUACAUUAUUAAAAAACCUGUAGAAAAUAAAAUAAGAUUUUAAAUUGAAGUUUUCAAACCAGAAGAUAAAUUUAGAAUUUUUUGGGAUUUAUUUACCAUGUUGAUCAUUUUUUUUGCAAUUUUAAUUUUACCUCUUGAUAUAAGUUUUACAAUUGAAUCACUAUUUUUUGAUAAUUUCAAUUAUGCCUCAAUAGCAAUAUUCAGUUUAGAUAUUCUAAUCAAUUUUAAUACAUCAUAUUAAUAAAAGGGUUAAUAUAUAAUAGAUCGUAAACUUAUAGCCAAACACUACUUGAUGGCAUGGUUUUGGAUAGAUUUAGGUAUAUAUUAUUAUAAAAUUAAUUUUAGUUUCAACAUUUCCUUUUGAUAUCAUUAUUAAUGCAUCUACAUAAGAAAUUAUACAUUCUGAUGAAAUUGAUGAAACAUAAAUAAAAAAUGGUUAGGAUCAAUAAACAUAAUCAGAAUAAUUAGCUAAUACUUUAAAAUUAUUGAGAAUUUUGAAAUUUUUUAGAUUUAUAAAAGUAGUUAGAUUACUAAGAGUAUUAAAAUUAAAAAAGAUAUUUUCUAAAUUUGAAGAUUAUGUUGAUUUUUCAAAUUCUAUGAUUUCACUUUAUAAAGUGUUAAAAUUAACAUUUAUAAUGCUAUUUGUAGCACAUUGGUUGGCUUGUAUAUGGCAUUUCAUAGCUGAUUAAGAAAAUUCAUCAGAUAGUCAUAGUUGGUUAAGAGCUUAAGGUUUAUAAGAUAGUGAUUGGUAUGUGAAAUAUAUAGCAUCAGUAUAUUGGGCAACAGCAACAAUGACUACUGUAGGUUAUGGAGAUAUCACUCCAGUAACAUCAGUAGAAAAGAUAUUUGGUAUAGUAGUUAUGUUAUUGGCAUGUUGUAUAUUUGCAUAUAUAAUGAAUAGUAUUGGUGGUAUAUUUGUAUCAAUGGAUUAUAAUGAGAAAUUGAUUAGAUAAAAGAUGGGUUAAGCAAAUUAAUUUCUGAAAUCAAAUGAUAUUCCUAAAGAUUUAUAGGCUAGAGUAAGAAAAUACUUAGAAUACAAAUAUGAAAAGGAAUCAACAUAAGUAAAUGAAAAGGAAGCUUUGGAUGUCUUAUCAUAUUCUUUAAGAGUAGAAGUAUUAGCUGCAGUUAAUACAGAUUUAAUCAAUAAUUCAAAAGUAUUUAAAUAGAACAAAUUUGAAAAAGAACUUUUAUUACAAUUGCCAUUUGAAUUAGAAGAAUAGAUCUUUGGUCCUGAAGAAUGUAUAUUUUUAGAAGGUGAUGAUCCUAUUGAAUUAGAAAAUGGGUAAAAUAUUGAAGAUAGAUGUCUAUAUUUUCUCAAUAAAGGACAGGUUAUGCUUUGUAUUUAAAAAACCUUUACUUGUUUAAAGACAUUAGAUAAAGGAGCAACCUUUGGAGAACUUGGAUUUUUUAGUAAUAAAUCAAGAAGUGCAUCAGCAUAUACUCUUGAUUUUGUUUAUGUAUAGAAAUUAAAAAAAAAGAAAUUCACAGAGAUUUUAAAAAAAUAUUAGACUCAAAAUCAAUUUUUUUAAAUGAAUAAACAUAUUAUUGAAUUAGGUGAAGAUUAUUCUCCUCUUGGAUUACCUUGUUUUGGGUGUUAAUAAAUCAAUCAUUUUUCUUCUACUUGUCCAAAAUUACAUUUUGUUUCUAAUUAUGAUAGAAAAUAGGAAUUAAUAUUGGAAUUAUAAUAAAAAUAAAAGAAAUUCACUAAAGAAUUUAAAAGACAUGAAAAAAUUAGAUAUAAUUCAAGAGGUUGUUUUGCUUUGACUAAUGAAGUUGCAAAUGAAAUCAAAUAAGUUUAUUCUGGAUAAGAAGAAGGAGAUGAAGAUAGAUUAAUUAAACUUUAAUAGUAUUUAUUUUUUAAUAAAUUAGACGUAAUGAAGAAGAGCCAACUUAAGAAGGUUUUGAAGUAAUGGAAAAUCAAAAAGAAAUUAAAAGUUAAUAGUAAGAUGAAUUUGAGAGAAUGCAUAUAAUGACUGCCUUUUUUACUUAAUUCAACAUUGAUGAAAUUAUGAAAAAUUACAAUGAAAGAGUUGAUAAUAUUCUUAAUUUACAAUAAUAAGCAUAAGAACGUAGUAUUAGAACAUAAUAUCAUUCAAUCAAAUCUAAUACUAAAAAAUCAAGAAUAAGAUCUAUGUCUGCUGAACGAGCUGUGUAUUUUGAAAAACUAAUUGAAAAAUAUGGAGGACCAUCAUAAUUUUUAGAAAAGUUAAAUUAAGAUAAUUGA